UCCAGGCAAGCCGGCUCUCGGCUCAGCGAGGAGUCAGCGUGGCUGGGGAGGCUGCUGCAGAUUUUCAUGCUCCGCGCGCGAGUUGCCUCAUCAUCUCAGCGACGUCGCAGGGGGCGGGCGAUUACCCGGAACGGCACUCUCCUGCCUUCCCUUUCUUGGCGAAAGGGGAGCAUUUGUUUAGCCCCAGUAGAAAAGAGGGAGGAGUGGGGCUCUGCCAGCCCACUUCUUUGGCGUAGCCUAUCUUAGUCCUGGUCCGAAGGGAGGGGGGCGCUUCCAGAUGACCUCUCUUAGCCAAGUGCUACUGCAGUUGCAAAGAUGGCUGUGCUAAGUUCGUUUCCGGCUGAAUUGGAACGACUGCUGGAGAAAGAUCCCUACUUGACUCCUUUUGAGCAAGACUUCCAGCGCAGGUAUGGUAUUUUUCAUCACAUCUUAAAGAACAUUGAAGAAAAUGAAGGUGGUCUUGACAAAUUCACAAAGAGUUACCAAACAUUGGGAGUCAACAGAUUCAUAGAUGGAGGAUUAUACUGUAAAGAAUGGGCUCCUGGUGCAGAAGCAGUGUUUCUUACCGGUGAUUUUAAUAACUGGAAUCCAUUUUCCCAUCCAUAUAAGAAAAUGGAUUUUGGGAAAUGGGAAUUGUUCAUCCCACCUGGACCAGAUGGAUUUCGUCCUGUAUCUCAUGGAUCAAAACUGAAGUUGGUGAUAAGAACCAAAACUGGAGAGGUUCUUUAUCGCAUUUCUCCUUGGGCUAGAUACGUAGUUCGUGAGGGUACCAAUGUGAAUUAUGACUGGAUAUACUGGGAGCCAUCAACCCCAUAUAUAUGGAAACAUCCCAUCCCUAAGAAACCCAAAAGUUUAAGAAUCUAUGAAUCUCAUGUGGGAAUUGCUUCCCCUGAAGGGAAAAUAGCUUCAUAUAAAAACUUUACACACAAUGUGCUUCCAAAAAUCAAAGAUCUUGGAUAUAACUGCAUUCAAUUGAUGGCUGUGAUGGAACAUGCUUACUAUGCAAGUUUUGGUUAUCAGAUCACAAGCUUUUUUGCAGCAUCAAGUCGAUAUGGCCCUCCAGAUGACUUGAAGGAACUGAUUGAUGUUGCCCACUCAAUGGGAAUCACUGUCCUAUUAGAUGUUGUGCACAGUCAUGCAUCAAAAAAUUCUGAAGAUGGUCUGAACAAUUUUGAUGGUACUGAUUCUGCAUUUUUCCAUUCUGGUGCUAGAGGAACACAUGUUCUUUGGGAUAGCCGACUUUUUGACUAUGCAAACUGGGAAGUCCUGAGAUUUCUUCUCUCCAACCUAAGAUGGUGGAUAGAAGGGUAUGCCUUUGAUGGGUUUCGUUUUGAUGGUAUAUCAUCUAUGCUAUAUCACCAUCAUGGAAUUGGUGAAGGCUUUUGUGGAGAUUACGGUGAAUAUUUUGGUAUGCAUGUUGAUGAAGAUGCAGUAGCAUACCUAAUGAUGGCAAACUACAUGAUACAUUUUUUGCAUCCAGAAUGUAUAACUAUAGCAGAGGAUGUGUCUGGAAUGCCAGCACUUUGUUGUCCAGUAAUAGAAGGUGGAUGUGGAUUUGAUUAUCGGUUGGCCAUGGCAAUUCCUGACAAAUGGAUUCAGAUAAUUAAAGAGCGUAAGGAUGAAGACUGGGACAUGGGAAAUAUUGUGUUUACUUUAACAAACAGGCGAUAUGGAGAGAAAUGCAUUGCCUAUGCAGAGAGUCAUGAUCAGGCCCUUGUUGGUGAUAAGACUUUGGCUUUUUGGUUGAUGGAUGCAGAGAUGUAUAAUUAUAUGAGUGUUUUGUCACCUCUCACACCAAUUAUCGAUCGAGGAAUACAGCUUCAUAAAAUGAUACGACUCAUUACUCAUUCUCUUGGAGGAGAGGGCUACCUCAAUUUCAUGGGUAAUGAGUUUGGACAUCCAGAAUGGUUGGACUUUCCUAGACAAGGGAAUAAUGAAAGCUACCAUUAUGCGAGGAGACAGUUUAAUUUAGCUGAUGAUCACGUUCUUCGCUAUAGAUUCCUAAAUGCGUUUGACAGAGAUAUGAACAAAUUGGAAGAAAGAUUCGGCUGGCUUGCAUCACCUCCGGCCUAUGUAACUGAAAAACAUGAAUCAAACAAAGUUAUUGCUUAUGAGAGGGCAAAUCUCCUAUUUAUAUUUAAUUUUCAUCCAUCCCAAAGCUAUACAGAUUACCGAGUAGGUGUAGAAACACCAGGAAAGUAUAAAAUUGCCUUGGAUUCAGAUGCUCCAGAGUAUGGAGGGCAUAGUAGAUUGGAUCAUACUACAGAAUUCUUUUCUCAGCAGUGUUCACAUAAUCAUCGAUCUAAUUCUCUUUUGCAACCCAAUGCACUGAAUGAAAGUGAUGGCCAAAGCCGAGGACACCAGCACACACACUACUUGAAGGUAUAUAUUCCAAGCAGAGUGGCAAUAGUGUUUCAGAACAUGGAUAUCCAGAUCUAAAGGCUUGCAACUGGCUUCAUUACUUCAAAGGCCAAGAAAUAGUUGAUGCUAGUAGCAUCCAAAACUUAUUGUUGUUGUUGUUUUCCUUUAUAAAGGUGUGUUCAUACUAAGAAAUUCAAAUGAGGAUUUAUUUAUUUAUAAUUACAAAACAUUCAUAAAUGUUUAUUCAAAGAGAUUAUUUAUAAUCAUGGAAGAAAGAAUCCAUUAUGAACAAUUUGUGUUACAGAAUUGGAUUUCAGAAACAGUUUGUUCUCACAGUAAGGGUUGGAGUGUGCUACAAGGCAUGAUGUGCUUUCACACUUCAAAAAUUGGAUGCAGUAUUUUCAGUUAUUUGUUCUAAUCUCAUUUGGGUAUUUUUUUUUUUUAAUUAGAUCCCAUUUUGUAGUAGAAAUAAGUAGCCAUGUAAUGCACUGACACUGAAUUCCAAGUAUAAGUUCUUUUGUGUUUUCAUGUGAUACAUUACUAUGUGGAAGAUAGGAUUGGUUGGUUGGUUGGUUGAAAAAAAGAGGAUAAAAUAAUAAAGAAUUAUCAUGGAAGAACAACAACAAUAAAACAACCUCAUUGAUAGUAUGAUAUUAAGCUCAUUGAUUUAGGUCUGUCAAACAAUAUAACCAUAGUAAGUCUUUUAAAAGUGCCUAUUUUUGCUACAAAAUUAAGAUAUUAAUUUAUGUAUUCUAUCUUGAGUGUUAGGAGUCAUGAAUUCUUGGUAAACAUUUAAAAACAAAUUAAACCAUGCCCACUUUCCUGUAUUAUAUUGCUCACACCAUAUAGACAGUUUUAAAAGUCCUAUCAGUUUCAAAUGUAUUUUGAAUGAAGUUAACUCAUGUUCCUUUGUGUUAAAAUAUGUCAUUGACAUUGACUCAUCUGUAUCAUCCAAUUUAAUCAACUUAAUCAACUGCUGACUAGUUAUGACUUCACAUCUUUUGAAACCAAACUAUUUGCUAGUUAUCAGUGAACAGUGGUAGAGAAUUAUUUUUAUCAAGCUCAAAAUGUGGUAUUAAAUAAUUACAUUUUCAAAAAAUUUAAUACUGGUAGCAGAUAUAUGUGGUUGAAUUCUGCAUUUACAGAACUGAAAAAAUAUCUUGUACAAACAUUUAUUUCAGGUUUGCUUUAUGGUCAAUGUUCAGAUGUAAUUAUCAAAAAUAUUCAGUGUAGAAUAUCUGUGAGUUAUUAUUUUGCUGUUUUUAUCAAGACCAUAAUACGAGUGCCUUGCUAACUUUUCCUUAUGAUAAUUAUAUUAGAUCAAGUUUCUUAACGCCAUGUCUAGUUGGCAUGUUCUGUUUCAAAACUAUUUGGAAACAUAUUAAUAUAUCUCCAAGCCAUUCAUAUUAGAAAUAGGUGAACAAGAAAAACUGCAGAAUUUAUACCCACCAAACCUAAAGGCUAGGUAAUAUUCACACAAGAAAAAUCUGUUUCAUUUAUCCUGCUCAAAUGUUUCCACAAAGACCACUAGACAAGAAUAUGUGAUAACUUUGAGAUAAAUAUCUCAUAAGCCUAGUGAAUAAAAUUUCUUCUAUUAAUAUUUCAGUGUUACUGGAAUAGAGAGGUAUAUAUAAAUGCUGCAGCUUCUGAUGUAUUUAAUUAUCUGAGAAAUCAUAAAUCCUAAAGUUUAGGUUAAUUACCUGUUCAGCAGUUUCCAGUUUCCUGAAGAAGAUUCAGAUAAGUUAUAACUGUCUUCACAUGAUUUUAUAGUCUUUCAACCUAAAGGUAAAAUACAACAGUUCCAUAAAUAUAUAGUGCAUUUUCAUUAAAUGUAUACAUUAAUAUAACAUAAUGAACAUGUUGUUUUCUCUAGGUUUGUAUAUGUGGUGUAAGGAUAUUGUCCAAGUCAGACUUUUGUGUAAGAAAACAUGUGUGAUGAGAUGUUGCAAAAUGACAUGCAAAUAAAGAAAUGUAAAAUUGG